CUAUAGCUACUUUACUAAUAAUACAACAGAAACCAUUCGCGAGAAUAUUAUCUGGGAGAUCAUUCUGAACAGAAUUGGGGAUGACAUCAUGAUGUAUAUGUUGGAGCACUGUUCUGUCUUUAUGCUAGUGCCACCUAGUUGUUGUUAUCAAAUCUGUGGGCAGCCCAUUUAUGAACUUUCACUAAAGAAUGCCACACCCUCCUCAGAGUUCUUCAGGCAGAGGUAUCCUGGGCCAUCACACAGUACCAUGUCUCGUUACCUGCAAGGAAGGCUUCCAUCUUAUAGGCCAUACCUGUCAAAGGGAAACUGGAAAAAAUGGAACUCUAGAAGACAACCAGGAAGCAAAGCAGAAGAUGUUUUAGACGUUAACUAUCAGCAAUCUUCAGUGGUUCACAAAGCUGGGCAGAAUCCAAUAGCAAACAAACCAGUUACAAGUGCCAGUGAGUGCCUAGAAAGCCAACAAAAACCCAGUCAAUGUACAUCAUUAACAACACAGUUGCUUAAAAGAAAACGGAAAAGCCGGUGUGAAAUUAGUGCUAAAAGAAGAAAAAUAAUGCAAACAGAGGACAGGCUACAGAAAAAAACAAGAAACCCACUUCCCACUAAAAGCAAAAAUCAAUUUAUUCUGGAUAGUGGUGGUACCACAUCUAAAGGAUCCACAAGCUCAUGUUUAGAGGAUGGGCUAACUCUUGUGACAUCUGUCCCUGAGAACCAUGAACAUGGAGCACAGACCUCUGGUGUACCUUGUACACUUUUAGAUCAGAAGAUUUUUGUGGGUGAUAAGACAAUAACACUAGAUAGUGGGAGUAAAACUCAUCGUCAAUCUAGCACAGGAAAAGACUUUAGGGCCCACAGCUCUAAGUCAGGUGAGAAGUCUCCAGAUAAAACCUCUGUUCCUGGCAUCCAUAUUGAAAAACACACACUCUUGUAUUCUCGUCGGCCAUUGAAGGAAUGUUUGCCUAAAUCUUUUGUACUAAAUCAGUUGAAGGGUUCUUUGUCUGGGGCACAAAGGCUAAUAGAGAUUAUGUUUUUCACUAGUAAGAUUACAAAGCAGCUGGGUAGUUCACAUCUUCUGAGUCAUGGCAAGCGAAAGAAGAGGCUUCCUAAGCGAUAUUGGCAGAUGAGAGGCCUGUUCCAAGAAUUGCUACAGAACCAUGCCAAGUGCCGUUACCUGGAGAUUUUAAAAAAGAAUUGUCCUAUCCUGAGUUCUGAUUCACUCAAGAUUGGCACAGGAGAACAAGGUAGCAAAAGAAAAGGACACCAAGAGGGAGGACACUCAUCCAGUAGGAUACAGCAGGUCAAUGCUACAGAAGAUUGCCUCAGUUCUGUACCAGUUGGCUUAGACCCAUUCCCAGGAACAUCAGGAACUUUAAGCAGAAGCUGUGAGGAGACUGUGUUGAGCCAAACAGGAACAGAGGAGAAACCUGUCCAAAAUUCCACUACUUCUAGCUUCAUGGAGUUCCUUAAACAGCAUAGCAGUCACUGGCAAGUGUACACUUUUGUGAGGGAAUGUCUAGAGAGAGUGGUUCCUGCUGUGCUCUGGGGUUCUAACCACAACAAAUGCCGCUUCUACAAAAAUGUGAAAAAGUUCAUCUCCCUGGGGAAGUUUGGCACGUUUUCUUUGCAGGAGCUGUUGUGGAAAAUGAGAGUGAACGAUUGCAUUUGGCUGCGUCUGACCAAAGGAUCUGGCCAUUUUGUUCCUGCAUCUGAACAUAAUUUUCGUCAAGAUCUGAUGUCUAAAUUCUUCUACUGGCUGAUGGACUCCUAUGUUGCAGAGCUCCUCCGCUCUUUCUUCUAUAUCACUGAAACCAUGUUUCAAAAGAACUUACUUUUCUUCUUCAGAAAGUCUGUUUGGAGCAAGUUAGAGAGCAUUGGAGUUGGGAACCACUUGGCCAAAGUGCAUCUUCGUAUCUUAUUAAAGGAGGAGAUCAAAAUUUUGCAGCAGGAAAAGUGUGUUCCCCUGGCAUCAAAACUCCGGUUCAUUCCAAAACCAAAUGGGCUGCGACCUGUGGUCAGGCUGGAUGGUGUAGUAGGCGCUGAAACAUUCUGCAGAAAGACCAAAGACAGAAAGGUUCAGUACUUCAACACACAACUUAACAACUUAUUUAGUGUUCUCAAUUAUGAACGAAUGAAGAACCCUGCCUUGCUUGGCUCUUCCCUUUUUGGGAAGGAUGAUAUUUAUGCAGUGUGGAAGAAGUUUGUUUUGAGGAUCUUGGAGCUGAAUGCUGAAAUGCCUCGAUUUUACUUUGUGAAGGCUGAUGUCACGGGGGCUUAUGAUACCAUCCCCCAUAACAAACUGGUAGAAGUAGUUUUGCAGGCCCUUUCUCCAGACAAAGAGACAAUUUACAGCAUACGGCGCUAUGCAGUUAUCACAAGGACAAGAAAUGGACUUAUCCGAAGAUAUUACAGGAGACACGCGUCUACUUAUGAGGAGUUUGAGCCUGAGAUGAAACAGUUUGUGACUCACCUUCAAGAGAGCACCUCACUGAGAAAUGCGGUAGUAGUUGAGCAGAGUGUUUCUUUGAAAGAGACCAGUUCCAGCCUCUCAAAGUUUUUCUUGCAGUUCAUCCGAAACAGUAUCCUGAAAAUUAAGGACAGGUACUAUGUCCAGUGCUGUGGAAUCCCCCAAGGUUCCAUUUUGUCCACUUUGCUUUGCAAUCUGUGCUAUGGAGACAUGGAGAACAAGCUACUACAGGGCAUACAGAAGGAUGGAACCCUAGCCAUGGGGAUUCCAGAGUAUGGCUUUGUUAUAAACCCAUCUAAGACAGUUGUGAAUUUUUCUGUUGAUGAAGAUCUACCUGGAUGCUCGGGGUUCAAACAGUUACCACCUCACUGCGUCUUCCCAUGGUGUGGAUUUUUAAUUGAUACACAGACUCUUGAAAUAUAUAGCGAUUACUCCAGUUAUGCCUGUACAUCUAUCAGAUCCAGCCUCUCCUUCAACUCUAGUGUCAGAGGUGGUGUGAGCAUGAGAAAGAAACUGCUUGCUGUCUUGCAGCUGAAAUGCCACAGUUUGGUUGUAGAUUUACAGAUCAAUUGCCUUAAAACAGUCUGCAUUAAUGUUUACAAGAUCCUUCUGCUGCAGGCCUACAGGUUUCAUGCGUGUAUUCUUCAGCUUCCCUUUAACCAAAAAAUUAAAAAUAACCCUGAUUUCUUCCUGAAAAUAAUCUCUGAUACUGCUGCAUACUUCUUCUCUCUUUUGAAAGCCAAAAAUUCAGAGAUUUAUUUUUCUCCUACUGGUGCUUCAUCUCCAAUUACUUACAAAGCAGUCCAGUGGCUUUGCUAUCAUGCCUUCAGUGUUAAACUGACAAUUCACAGGGCUAUUUACAAGUGCCUUCUUCUACCACUCACAGUAUGUAAAAUAUCAUUACUUCAGCAAAUGCCAGAAGCUACUGUCCAGUUGCUAAAGGAAGUGACAGAGCCAUCGCUUCAUAAUGACUUCAAAGCUAUCCUUGAUUAACUGCCUGUAUCCACAUUCAUAUUUCAUUUUCUUCUCCAUGCACAAGAUCUCUUCAGACUGAUGAUGAGGUUCAACCUUUUGAAACAAUUGUUGCAUAGUGAAUCAACAGAUAGAUAAAUCUGAUUGAAUGGGUCUACUCUAGUUCGGACCAUCAGUACAAUUUGGUCCCUUGUGUGUUUAUUUUAAAUAAGGACAGGCAUUUUGGUACCGUCCAGAAAUAAUCAAAUAUAUGUUUUUUGUGGUAUCGUGUCUAAAAAGUUAUUUAUGGUUGCAAGUUUUUACAAAAAUGUGACCCACAUUUUUAUACUAAAUUGCAUAUUUUAUUUUUAUAGUGUUGGUGUCAGGAUCAUGUAGUUUGUCACAAACCUUGCUCAAUAAAUGUAGAAGUGUUGUAACCUAUUUCAUUAUUUGCAUUAUUUGCGAGCCCCAUUAUAUUGCUUAUUCCUUAUCAGCAAGGAAGUAAUUCACAAGGGAUGUCAUUAUACCUUUCAGCCCGGGGCUUGCUUUGCUCAGUCUUAACCCUCAAACAUUUUAUGUGAGAGAAUUAGAUGAGUCUGAGAUUAGAAUAUGCACUCAAGCAUAAGGAUUUGAGAUACUGCUGUAGUUUUAUUGAGGGCACUAAACCUGCACAGGAGAAAUUGUUGCCCCCUUCCCUAUUGCUUUAUUGAUAUAAUCCCAAGAGCUCAUUUGCCAGGCUGACUGCAACUCUCUGUAUGGUUACUGUAUCAUUCUUAGUAACAGUAUGCCUACUUGUCAGCUUA